AGACAGAAACAGAUGAGCACACACGGGUACGCAGACGCACAGACAUGCUUCACUUCACGACUGAUGAAACAUAACAGGUUAAAGGAAGAGAAAAGGAACUGCAAAAGUCGAAGAGGAAAACACACGCACGCAAUGCCCCAGCGGUCACAUGACACAUAUAUCCGCUUUGACACAUUCAUACUCAGCCGGCAGCUGUCAUGCUUGUUGGAUUCGGCGGCAGCUAUGAGUGAAGGCAGAGCAAGUGCAGGACCAUGACCUUUAACAUGAACCGUAAGGAAAUUCUGCAGCAGCAGAGGAGCUUGGACACUCUACAGGAAAAUCCCACCAAGAAGGGUAUACGUUGGAGACGGGGAUCUUUAAGUAAUGGAAAACAAUCUAAGAACAGAGAGUACAAUGCAGCGACGCUGACGCGGGGUCGAGAGCAGUUGAGCCGAUCAUAUUCCACUUCUCUGGUGGAUUAUACCGAUCCUCAGAGGACGACGGUUGUGUUGGAAAAACAAGACAAUGAAGCAUUCGGAUUUGAAGUUCAGACAUAUGGCAUUCAGUUAAACAGCAGCAACGAGUUAGAGAUGUGUACAUUCGUAUGCAGCGUGCAGGAGGGUAGUUCUGCAGAGACAGCAGGACUGACAGCGGGUGACAUAAUACUGACAGUAAAUGGUGACAGCAUCAAAGGAUUCACCCAUCACCAAAUCAUAGAACUGAUCCGAAAGUCUGUCAACAUGUUAAAGAUGGAGACAGUCAGUGGUAGUGUGGUCAAAAGAAUUGAACUAGAGAAGAAGAUGCGCAUGCUCAAGCAAACACUGCAUGAGAAGUGGCUGGAACUGCAGGCGCUCACCCUACAGGAAAAGCGUCUUACUCGAGGAAACCUGAACAUCAGCUCUGAGCAUCCAUCCAUAGAGUCUCUCAUGUCUCUGUCGUCUCCCAGAAGUCGCUCUGGAUUUCGCUUCUCCAGUGACAGCAGCUGGCCGAGCGUGCUGACAGACGAAGCCAGCGAGGACGUGUUUGAUGAUCUCAGUCCUUGUAGUCCUCACAAACCCAACUGCGACUUGUUCGGCACCACGUUUCAGCCAGAGGGGGCGCCAUCAAGGCCGACUCUGUGCCGAACGCGCAGUAUCAGUAACGGCAGCAGCUGCCAGUCACCCACGUGGGAUAACACCCGGGCUUCCUCGUCCUCCUCCAGCUCGGUGUUCGCCACACUGCCUCGCCGAGGGAGGAAGGGCAGCAUGAGGAAAAACCUACUCAGACUGUUACCUGGAAUGAACUCUUCUCUCGAAGAAGAGGAGGCCACCUGAGACUGAGACUGAGACUAAGAAGCCAAAAAAUGAAGCUGAAUGUACUGUAUGCAUCUUGGGUGUAAAAAAUGUGAAUAGUGGACUUCUGAUGUCUAAAAGACUUCUUAUAAAUUGUCCAGGCUAAUACUGAUAUGUUUGAAAAAGCGAUUUGCAUAUGAAAAACACGUCGAAAGGUUUUCUGUCUAGACUGAAAACUAAAAAAGUCAGCAGGUUACCUAUACAGUGAACAUGUGUAUAUUUGUGCACAUCACCUGAGCUGGAAGGUUUGUGCAUUUGAUGCAAAAGCCAAAGAGUUUGAUGUGGUCUGGGCCAGAAAAGAAGGCUUUGCAAAAGGAAAAAAACAGAGAAAGCAAAUAUGUUUGGCAAUGCCAGUGAUCAUGCAGCGGCAUUUGGUGCACAGCAAUGAAUACAAAGUGAUCCAUUAUACAUGCAGAAAUACUGAGUUUUAAACUGACUUGUGAUUAUGUCAUUGGUUUAUUUUCAUUUUCUGACUCAUUUUCUACAACAGCAGCCCUGACAGUUUUCAGCUGCAAGACAAACUACUUUAUUAGAAUCAAAAGCUAAUAACAAAGACAAAUGUAUGAUUGAUGAUCUAUGGCUAAAGAAGAUAUUUAUUCGACAUUUCAAUCAGCACAAGUUCUCCACCAAGGGAAAGUCUUCAGGAUGUAUUUCUUUUUGCCUUAUUAAUUUUAAGGCAGAGAUAAAAAAAAAAGAGACAAAUUGUUGAAGAGCUACAUCACACAAUGCUAUCACUGUCUUUUUGUUUCGGAUGCAUCAGAUCUUGGACCAGUGCCCUCUGGAUUUCUGGCUAUGAAUUACGAAUUUAUAGAAAGAGCAUUUACAGAUAUCUUGCAUAUUUCAUAAGUGUGAAAAUGGUGUUUUUUAAUAUUUAUUGGUUUUGUUUUAAAUGUAUGCAUGCAGUCUGUCAAGGCCAUGGCCUAUUCAUAAUUCUAAAACAUGUAGCAUUUCAGAAGAUACAUUCUAGAACCUAUGAUAUUGUAGAACCGGGCCCCUUACUGGCUUGGGUCAAAAUAGGACAAAGCCACACAUCAGCAUUACUCACACGCACACUCUUGCAUGCAGAUACCCUUGUGUGCAUAAGAAAGUAGCACAGGGUGCAUAAUAAUAAUGUAUAACCGAAAAUACAACAGUAAAACGUUGAUUUGUGUGUAUGUGAAGCAUGUAAACUGCUUUAUUUGCAUUGAUGUGAAAGCUGUCUUUCCAAGCUUGCAUUAAACAUGUAUGUGUGCAUGUGAAAAGUGUGAGAAUGAGACGAGUGUGAUCACGCAAUUUUCCGUUUAACCCACAUGCGCAUAUCACUUAAGUGUAGCAAUAAAUAAAACAAAGCAGCAAUG